AUUUUUCUACCCUGGUAAUUCUAAUUCUGGACAUUUAUUAAUAAAAAAAAAAAAGAAAAAAAAAAGUAGUAGUAGCAGCAGCAGCAGACUUAAUGGCGCCAAAAAUCUUAUUAGCGACGUCGUUUUGUGCUGAAUUCCAGAGUCUCUUCUGUCUGUUAUCCUGCAAUUGGAAGAAAUUAAAGCGAAGAGCCUUAAACCUCAGAAGAAGACGAACAAAGAAGAAGAAGGAGAAGGAGAAGGAGAAGCAGCUGAACGAUGUUCUGUUCUCAAAGAAAUGGCUCUUCCUGCUAAAACAUCUCCAAUUUCUCUUCAUCGAGACCACCUCGGUCCUCUUUCCACCAAGACCCUCAAAGCCAGCACUCUGAAUUGCUCUCAGAAUAUCCAACCCCAUCAAAUUUCCACCAAAAAGUACCAAGUACUCCCAGCCCUAAGCACACAAAGCUCAACCAGUCCCCGUAACCCAAAUUCAAUCCUGUGCCAGCUAUGCCUCCGAGGAGACCUACAGCAAGCCUUGAGCUACUUAAACUCCGUGCAAGAAUUGGACUUUACGGUGGAGGAGGACACUUACAUCGCUUUGUUGAGGUCGUGCGAGUACAGGAGGGCCUACGAUGAAGGGGCUCUGGUGUACUCCUACGUGUUGAGGGACAAUGGUACCCAUUUGAGCAUUAGGUUGGGAAACGCUCUGCUGAGCAUGUUUGUCAGGUUUCGCAAUAUAAGUGAUGCGUGGUACGUGUUCGGUAAAAUGGCUGCGAGAGACGUCUUCUCUUGGAAUGUUAUGGUUGGUGGGUAUGCCAAGAAUGGGUUCUUCGAUGAGGCUCUGGAUUUAUACCACAGGAUGUUGUGGGUCGGUGUGAGGCCUGACGUUUAUACGUUUCCUUGUGUCCUGAGGACUUGCGGUGGCAUUCCAGACUUGGUGAGGGGAAGGGAGAUUCAUGUCCAUCUGAUUAGAUUCGGUUUCGAGUCUGAUGUUGAUGUUCUUAAUGCUUUGAUCACCAUGUACAUGAAAUGCGGGGAUUUCUCGAGCGCGAGGUUGGUGUUUGAUAGGAUGCCUAGGAGGGACAGAAUCUCAUGGAAUGCAAUGAUUUCAGGGUAUUUUGAGAAUGGUGAGUGCUUGGAAGGAUUGAGGUUGUUCCUCACAAUGCUCGAGUGCUCAUUCGACCCAGAUUUGAUGACCAUGACCAGUGUGAUCUCUGCCUGUGAGCUUCUUGGUGAUGAGUGGUUAGGGAGAGAAAUUCACGGGUAUGUGAUGAGGACGGAUUUUGGCACUGAAGUCUCCAUCUGCAACUCGCUGAUUCAAAUGUACUCGAGUGCCGGUCUCUGGGAAGAAGCAGAGAAAGUAUUCUCAAGAAUGGAGUAUAACGAUGUGGUCUCAUGGACUGCAAUGAUUUCAUCCUACGAGAAUAAUUUCCUUCCUGAGAAAGCACUAGAAACCUAUGAAAAGAUGGAGGAAGUGCGCGAAAUGCCCGAUGAGAUCACUAUAGCUAGUGUUCUUUCGGCUUGCGCUUCUUUAGGUCGCCUGGAUUUAGGCUUGAAGAUUCACGACCUUGCGGAUAGGAUGGGGCUCGUCUCUUAUGUCAUAGUUGCAAACACGCUAAUUGACAUGUAUUCCAAGUGCAAAUGCAUCGACAAGGCUCUAGAAGUGUUUAACUCAAUUCGCGAGAAGAAUGUCAUAUCAUGGACUUCAAUCAUCCUUGGGCUUCGGAUCAAUAACCGGUGCUUUGAGGCCUUGAUCUUCUUUCGCCAAAUGAAGCUUGCCUUGAAGCCCAACACUGUCACCUUAAUCUCUGUCCUCUCAGCAUGCUCUCGUAUUGGAGCCCUGAUGUGCGGGAAGGAGAUUCACGCCUAUGCUCUAAGGACCACGCAAGCAUUUGGUGGGUUCUUGCCCAACGCACUGUUGGACAUGUACGUGAGAUGUGGACGGAUGAGGCUCGCAUGGAACCAGUUUAAUACCCACCCGAAGGAUGUCGCGUCCUGGAAUACUCUUCUGACAGGUUAUGCCGAACGAGGGCAGGGAAAGCUAACUCUCGAUCUCUUCCAUCGGAUGGUGAUAUCUGGAGUGUCUCCAGACGAGAUUACUUUUAUCUCGCUCUUAUGUGCUUGUUCUAGGUCAGGUCUGGUGGAUGAAGGCUUAGAGUACUUUGAAUUCAUGCAGAGUGAGUAUUCUAUUGUUCCUAACCUCAAGCACUAUGCUUGUGUGGUCGAUUUACUUGGUCGCUCUGGGAGAUUAGAGGAGGCAUAUGAGUUUAUUCAGAAAAUGCCCUUAAUGCCUGAUGCAGCGAUAUGGGGAGCCCUCCUAAAUUCAUGCAGAAUACACCGAGAAAUCAGGCUUGGGGAGAUUGCAGCUCAGCAUAUAUUCGAGAUUGAUACCAAGAGCGUCGGGUAUUACAUUCUCUUGUGUAAUUUAUAUGCUGACUGCGGGAAAUGGGAUGAAGUAGCGAGAGUGAGAAGGGUAAUACGGGAAAGGGGGCUGAAUGUGGAUCCUGGUUGUAGCUGGAUUGAGGUGAAAGGGAAGGUUCAGGCUUUUCUCAGCGGAGACGAUUUUCAUCCUCAUAUAAAGGAAAUAAACGCAGUCUUGGAGGGAUUUUACGAUAGAAUGGAAGAAGAGGGUUACAAAAGAGUGGAGAUGAGAAGUUCCAGCAAUGAAGUCGAGGCUUCGAGAGCAGAGAUUUUCUGUGGGCACAGUGAGAGAUUGGCAAUUGCAUUUGGGCUGAUAAAUACUGCUCCUGGGACUCCCAUUUGGGUGACAAAGAAUCUAUACAUGUGCCAAACGUGUCACGAUAUGGUGAAGUUUAUCACGAAGGUGGUGAGGAGGCAAAUUUCCGUUAGGGAUACAGAGAUUUUCCACCAUUUCCGGGAUGGAGUUUGCUCUUGUGGUGAUGAAGGUUAUUGGGGGAAAACUGGAUAAGUUUUACCCUUUUUUCUGAGGACAUGAUGAGGGAGAUAGCAAUUUACAGUUUUUACUGUAAAUAGAGCCAAAGUGCACAGCAUAUUUACACGAGGAAGUGAUCGAGGAGGAGGUCAAAGCGCGAGUGGCAGAGAUAAAAAAUAAUUUAUCGCGCAAAAGUUUCGAGAUUUUUAGGUACAAGGUAGAGGGGUUAAACGCUCUUCGCCUCAGGUACUGAUGAUACCGGUCAGAUCUCGUGCGUGUACCAUAUAUGUAAUAGCGCAUUUAAUGUUAUAUCGCUUCUUCGAUUUGAAUGAAA